AUGGAGCAGCUAUCAGAUGAAGAAAUUGACCAUGGUGCUGAAGAAGACAGUGACAAAGAAGAUCAAGAUCUGGACAAAAUGUUUGGAGCCUGGCUGGGGGAGCUAGACAAACUCACUCAGAGUUUGGAUUCUGACAAGCCCAUGGAACCAGUAAAACGAUCUCCUCUUCGCCAAGAAACAAACAUGGCCAAUUUUUCUUACCGCUUCUCCAUAUACAACUUGAAUGAAGCUCUGAGUCAGGGAGAAACUGUGGAUCUGGAUGCCCUGAUGGCCGAUCUUUGCUCAAUAGAGCGGGAGCUCAGCAGUAUCGGUGCAGGCAAUAGUAAGCGUCAAAUCACAGAAACAAAAGCCUCUCAGAAAUUACCUCCUAGCCGACAUACAACAAAACAUGGCACCUUGAAAGGAUUGUCUUCUUCAUCUAAUAGGAUUACUAAACCAUCACAUGCCAACUACUCCCUGGAUGAUAUUACUGCACAGUUAGACCAGGCCUCUUUGAGCAUGGAUGAGGCUGCUCAGCAAUCUGUACUAGAGGAUGCUAAGCCCUUAGUAACUAAUCAGCACAGAAGAACGGCAUCAGCAGGCACGGUGAGUGAUGCUGAAGUGCGCUCUAUGAGUAACUCCUCUCGCUCCAGCAUCACUUCUGCAGCUUCCAGCAUGGACUCUUUGGAUAUUGAUAAAGUAACGCGCCCUCAAGAACUGGAGUUGACACAUCAGGGGCAGCCAAUUACUGAGCAUGCUAUUUCUCUGAGAUGUCCCAGCAAGCCGGCCAAGCCUCAUAUUGACUUCACAGAAGAACAGGCUGAGCUGACACCUCACUCCUAUUUGGACAGGGAAACCUCCCUUCUUCUGAGAAACAUUGCAGGAAAACCUUCUCAUUUGCUGACCAAGGAAGAACAAGCAGCAAAAUUGAAAGCUGAGAAGAUCAGAGUUGCCCUAGAGAAAAUUAAAGAGGCACAAGUGAAAAAGCUGGUUAUUAGAGUCCACAUGUCUGAUGAUAGUUCUAAAACAAUGAUGGUGGAUGAGAGACAGACGGUGAGACAAGUGCUGGAUAAUCUGAUGGACAAAUCCCACUGUGGUUACAGUUUAGACUGGUCACUGGUAGAAACCAUCUCUGAGUUACAAAUGGAGAGAAUCUUUGAAGACCAUGAAAACUUGGUUGAAAAUCUUCUUAACUGGACAAGAGAUAGUCAAAACAGGCUUAUGUUUAUGGAACGUAUAGAAAAAUAUGCACUUUUCAAAAAUCCACAGGUGAAUGAGGAAGGUAAGGAGGAAGCCACUGUUAGCCAUUUAAUGAUGGUGUCCCUGCACAGGUUGCUUUCCAAAGAGUGUUCCUUCUCCUCUACACAGCCGGAAACUGACACAGAGAACUAUCUUCUGGGGAAAAAGGAAACAGCUGAGAUGGCAGAUAGAAACAAAGAAGUGCUGUUGGAGGAAUGUUUUUGUGGAAGUUCUGUAACUAUACCAGAAAUUGAAGGAGUCCUUUGGUUGAAAGAUGAUGGCAAGAAGUCCUGGAAAAAGCGUUACUUUCUCUUGCGAGCAUCUGGUAUUUACUAUGUCCCUAAAGGAAAAGCGAAGGUUUCUCGGGAUCUGGUAUGCUUUCUCCAGCUGGAUCAUGUCAAUGUUUAUUACGGACAGGACUAUCGGAACAAAUACAAAGCCCCGACGGACUGUUGUCUGGUGCUGAAGCACCCACAGAUCCAGAAGAAAUCUCAGUACAUCAAAUACCUUUGCUGUGAUGAUGUGAGGACCCUGCACCAGUGGGUCAAUGGUAUCCGCAUUGCAAAGUAUGGGAAGCAGCUCUACAUGAACUACCAAGAAGCCUUAAAGAGGACAGAGUCUGCUUGUGAUUGGACUUCCUUAUCCAGCUCCAGCAUUAAAUCAGGAUCCAGUUCUUCCAGCAUCCCAGAGUCUCAGUCAAAUCACUCAACUCAGUCUGACAGUGGGGUGUCCGACUCCCAGCCAGCGGGACACGUCCGUUCCCAAAGCAUCGUGAGCUCCAUCUUCUCCGAGGCCUGGAAACGAGGCACGCAGCUGGAAGAGUCCAGCAAGGAUAUUCAAAGAGCCUAAAAGAUGUACCCAAAGUUAUUAAACAAGGGUCCUUCCUCUGCUCUUUUCAAACAUCCUUGAACCACAUCCAUGCAUGAGGAGUUCCAUGAAAUCAGUGACUCAAGGUGAUAAUUUGGGCCAUGCUAAGAGGUGCUCGAUGGGCUGGCCAGCAGGUUGUUGGCAAAUUCUAGCUCCCCUUUCUUGAUACAUUUCCUUUAGCCUUCCAAACUUUCUUCUCAUUGUCUUCUGCCUUUUUCUGUCAGAUAUUGUUAUGAUCUUUUGCUGUGAUGUUUAUGAAGCAUUUCUUUGUGUAUUUUCCAGUAAAAUGUAAAGAAUGCCCUCUUUACCUGCAUUGCUGGACUUCUGUGUAUGUUGGAUGUGUCUCACAUGAGCAUGUGUGUGUGUGUGUGUGUGUCAAGCUCGUUCACUCCUGUGUGACUGCACGCCCGCUGAGCAUUCUUACACUCAGUGUCAGCUUAUUAGCAUCAAAAAGCCAUCCUCAUUCUCAGAAGGCCCUCCAUCAGCACUCCUAAACCCAGCCAGGGCACCUGCCUCAUGUGGAUGAGUCAUGGACUGAAACUGAACUCAGCCAUCACAUCUCCCCUUGCCAGAGUUUGGGUAGGGCAGUGCUCAGAGGGCGGGCUCCCACUUGGAACAGCCCGCCACCAUCAGACAGCACUGCAGCAGGAAGCUGUUCCUAGAUUGUUGGGCAGUCGAGUUAUUUCAAAAUGUUGUUGGAUAAACAGACUUCCCCUGGCCCUCGCUGCCCAGGGAGCCAGAUUUUAGCCUU